AUGUUCUCCAGAUCCGCUCAGCCUGCCCGGACUCUGCUUCGCAGCGCCUCCGUGGCCCCCUCUGUCGUUCGCUCAAUUCCCGCCAGAUCCUUCGCUAGCGUCCAGGACUCCGACAUUUUCAAGCCCACCAAGUAUGGUGGCAAGUACACUGUCACUCUCAUUCCCGGUGAUGGAAUUGGUGCCGAGGUCGCCGAGUCUGUCAAGACCAUCUUCAAGGCCGACAAUGUCCCCAUUGAGUGGGAGCAGGUCGACGUGACCGGCGUUGACACCGGUAACAAGCACUCGGAGGAACUUUUCAAGGAGUCGCUGGCUUCUCUAAAGCGCAACAAGCUCGGUCUGAAGGGUAUCCUACACACCCCGGUGGAGCGCUCUGGCCACCAGUCUUUCAACGUCGCUCUCCGUCAGGAGCUUGAUAUCUACGCGUCAAUCUCUCUGAUCAAGAACAUCCCCGGAUACCAGACCCGCCACAAGGAUGUCGACCUGUGCAUCAUCCGUGAAAACACCGAGGGUGAGUACUCCGGUCUGGAGCACCAGUCGGUUCAGGGCGUCGUCGAGUCCCUGAAGAUUAUCACCCGCGCCAAGUCGGAGCGCAUCGCCAAGUUCGCUUUCAGCUUCGCGCUCGCCAACAACCGCAAGAAGGUGACUUGCAUCCACAAGGCCAACAUCAUGAAGCUUGCCGAUGGUCUUUUCCGCAGCACUUUCCACCAAGUCGCCGAAAACUACCCCACCCUGGAGGUGAACGACAUGAUUGUGGACAACGCGUCCAUGCAGGCUGUUUCGCGCCCUCAGCAGUUCGACGUCAUGGUCAUGCCUAACUUGUACGGCGGUAUCUUGUCCAACGUUGGUGCCGCUCUGGUUGGUGGGCCCGGUGUUGUUCCUGGCUGCAAUAUGGGUCGGGACGUUGCUGUCUUCGAGCCCGGCUGCCGUCACGUCGGUCUUGACAUUAAGGGCAAGGACCAGGCCAACCCAAGUGCGUUGAUCUUGUCCGGUUCCAUGCUGCUGCGCCACCUUGGACUGGAUGACCAUGCCAACCGUAUCUCCAAGGCCGUCUACGAUGUUAUUGGCGAGGGUCAGACACGCACCCGGGACAUGGGCGGUCAGGCUACCACUCAUGAGUUCACCCGCGCUGUGCUGGAUAAAAUGGAGGCGGCUCUGUAA